AUGGCACCAGUCCACCCCUUGCUUUGGCGCUCUCUUCGAGUUUUCCAAGUCUACGGCGCCAACACUGAUGUCGGCAAAACAGUCUUCACGACGAUUCUCUGUAGAGCGGCGAAUAGUAUAUGGGGGAAAGAGCAAACAACGUUCCUGAAACCUGUAUCAACAGGCCCGGAAGAUGAGGCUGACGACCGUCAUAUCCAAAAAUAUGCUCCGGGAGUAGAUCGUUCGACGUUGUUGCAGUACGAUCUUGCGAUCAGUCCGCAUGCCGCAGCAAAGGGCAAGUCAGUACCCCCAGAUAAGGAACUACUCUCUAAGAUAUAUCGAUUCGCAUCUCGAAGGGCGACUCAUGGUCCUGGGUGGCUGUUCAUUGAAACAGCUGGUGGCGUCCAUUCUCCCGGGCCAUCAGGCACUACCCAAGCAGACCUGUACACAGUAUUAAGAUGCCCUGUCGUGUUAAUUGCUGACUCAAAGCUCGGGGGCAUCUCGCUCACGAUCUCCGCUUUCGAAUCUCUGAAACUUCGUGGAUAUGAUGUUGAGGCUAUUCUUGUCUUUCAAGACAGCGAAUACGACAAUGAGAGAUACUUGAGGGAUUAUUUUACUACCCAUGGUAUACCUGUAGUAUCGUUACCAAAACCUCCGUCCAGGGUACAUGAUGGAAACAUAGAUGCGAAGGUAAUGUUGCAAUACUACAAAGAGGGAGGCGAAAGUGCGGCUGCUCGAGAGAUUCUCGACCACUUGGAUCGCAGACAUCAAGCGCGCAUUGAAAGGCUCGAGGCCAUGUCGGGUGAAGCAUACAAAAGAAUAUGGUACCCGUUCACCCAACAUAAACUCAUUUCUUCGGACAGCAUUGUCGUAAUUGACGGCGCUCGGGGAGACUUCUUUCAGACACUCGUACCAAGUACGAAGGAGGAAGCUGGAAGGAGCGACCUCGUCCUGCAGCCUUCCUUUGACGGCUCUGCGUCAUGGUGGACUCAGGGACUCGGACACGGUAAUCCGUCGCUCACAAUGGCUGCAGCUUAUGCGGCAGGUCGCUAUGGCCAUGUCAUGUUUGCCGGAGCAGUCCACGAACCCGCUUUAGCAUUGGCAGAGACCCUCUUAUCCGGUAUAAAGAACCCUCGGCUUACUCGUGUGUUCUUCUCGGACAACGGCAGCACGGGCGUGGAAGUGGCGGUGAAAAUGGCUCUGCGGGCAGCUCGGCUUCGAUACGGCUGGACUGCGAGUGAGGAUAUUGGAAUCAUCGGGUUGAAAGGCGGGUAUCAUGGCGAUACCAUUGGGGCCAUGGAUUGUGCUGAACCGAGCACUUACAAUGAGAACAUCGAAUGGUAUGAUGGAAAGGGCAUCUGGUUCGAUUAUCCGACCAUCAAAUGUAUUGAUGGUCAGUGGGUCAUCGAGGUGCCCGAUACGCUAAGAGUCGAUCUUGGACACGACCAGGCAUUUCCAAGUUUAUCCGACGUGUUCGAUAUUGAUUCGCGCGAGUCGAGACAUGAGCAUAAGAUUUAUGAGGAAUAUAUCGAAAAAGUGCUUUCGCACCAUGUAAGAAAUGACCGGAAAUUCGGUGCCUUGCUCAUGGAGCCAGUGGUGAUCGGAGCCGGGGGCAUGCAACUAGUGGAUCCCCUUUACCAACGUGCCCUGGUCAACGUAGUCCGUCGCUCGGCAAACCUCUUUGGCUCAAGUUCUGAGGUCAACAGCUCGGACCCUACGUGUUGGACUGGUCUUCCUGUCAUAUUUGACGAGGUGUUCACGGGGUUAUACCGCCUUGGCAGAUUCACGGCCUCCUCUUUUCUCAAGAGUGACGCUGACGUUUCUGUUCACGCCAAGCUCUUAACUGGCGGUUUGGUGCCGCUGAGCACUACAUUGGCAUCUGAUAGCAUUUUCCAAGCCUUUGAAAGUGAUGACAAGGCCGAUGCAUUACUUCAUGGGCACAGCUAUACGGCCCACCCAAUCGGUUGCCAAGUUGCCUUAGAAUCUGUACGGCAGAUGCAGAGGAUGGAGAAGCAAGAUGAGUGGGGUUGGGCGAAAGACAGUGAAUGGUCGGGAUGUUUGAGUAACCAAUCCAGCGCCACGAAACUCGAAGUGUGGUCCAUCUGGCCCUGGAACCUACUGGAUUGGAUCUCAAAUCAAACAGAACUCGUAGCCGGUACCUGGGCCUUGGGGAGUGUCCUUGCGAUCCACAUGAAUGCUGCAGAUGGCUUAGGCUAUAAGAGCAAUGCCGCGCUAAAGCUGCAGCGUGCUCUACUCGACGGUGACAAAGAGGCCAUGUGGAACGUUCAUAGCCGAGUCUUAGGGAAUGUGUUGUAUAUCAUGGGAAGUCAGAAAAGCACCAAGGACGACAUCGCCGAAAUUUCGAACAUGAUACAUCAUGCUCUCACGACACAGGAUAGGGCAAGUUAA